AUGACAACUACAGUAAGAGCGUACAAGGGACUGAUGACCAAAAGAAGCCAAGUCGCUCUGGCAUGGUUGGAAGAAUCCACACAGCGUCUUCAACACCUGAAGAAAGAAAGCACACAACAAGAACAAGUCAAGGAAUUCACAAUGACUGUGGCGAGGUGCGACGAGUAUCUGGAACUUCUCGAAGCAUCCUUAACCAAACUCACGGAAGCCUUCGAUAAACUUCAGGAUACCACAGACGAAGAAGAAGAUCAGUUAGACAAGCACGCGGAGAUUGCUCAAGAGACUAUCAUGAAGUUAUACGCACACAAAUCCAAUACCAAGCAGAUGCUGCAGGAAAUAACGACGGCAGCUACGCUCCGAACAAGUGGAACCGACCACCAAUGUUCUGCAGCAGAGACAUGGGACCGCUACUGGUCUUUGGAAUCCACCGGUACGGAGGAGUACACUGGUCCACAAAAAACGGAGCUCCAGAAAACAAACGAGAAAGUAUUGGAAAAUUUUAAGGAGUCCAUCGAGAAAAGGGAGGACGGCUAUUACGUACGCCUACCAUGGAAAGAAAACCAUCCCGAACUCCCAGAUAACAAGGCGCUAGCAAUGAAACGUCUUGCAAAGAUCCUGGAGAUAUAUCAAAAGGACCCGAAGACACUACAAGCGUACGACAACAUCUUUAAGGAACAACAAGAGAAGGAAAUAAUAGAAGAAGUAACAUCGAAGUACGUUGAUGAAGGAGAAGAGGUUAUCCUCUACACAGAUUCGGAUAUCGUGUUAGGAUGGAUACAAACUCCUCCAUCACGUCAGAGCGCAGGCGUUUUGGUCACAAACCGACUAACAGAGAUAAGGCGAAUCAGCAAUGACCUCCGCGGUCGAAAUACGACAUGCCUCUUCGGACACGUCUCAACAGCAGAAAACCCAGCCGAUUGCGGAACCAGAGGACUAUCAUCGGAAGCGUUUCAAAAUCACUUCUGGUGGACAGGACCCAGCUUCACGAGCAAGCCAGACCAUUCUAAACUGAACGCAAUCGAAGAAUCAGAGACGACGAUGAUGCCAGUGGAGACGGUGACUUUGGCAGUAACAGAAAGAACAUCUGAGAAGGAAUUAGUCGAUUUAACCAGAUUUAGCACCCUCGAACGAGCUCAGAGAGUGCUGGUCUACGUUCUGCGUUUUAUACACAGACCCAUAAAUCAUCUACCUCACGAAAGGAAGGUUGCUGUGCAAGAGCACAUAUCGGCACUCAAAGGAGUUUCGAUGUCGCAGACUAUCACGGGAGUCGAGAUGCAGGAAAGCCGAAUGUGCUUAAUUCGCGACCACCAGAGAAUCUACGUGGACGAACACCAAAUUAAGUCACAAAAGGACCUGAACAUUCAACGAGACGAGAGAGGAGUUCUACGCUGCUAUGGACGCAUGCAGCAAUCCGAUGUACCAAUCACAGCAAAAACACCCAUCUACAUUGCACCUAAAACAACGUUGGCACGUCUCAUCAUCUCAGAGAACCCUCACGCCAGAAGAAUCGAAACGCUUCGAGGAAUGUAUGAAGAAGUGCAAAGGUGA